AUGGUCCGCGGAAACAGUCUUGGUGAAGAUUUAAAACUCUUGGUAAACAAUCCUCAUUAUAGUGAUUUGGAAAUCAAAUGUAAGGACGGCGUGGUUCUCCAUGGUAACCGUGCAAUCCUCGCAGCUCGUUCCGAAGUAUUUGAUAGAAUGCUCUUUACCAGAGGAACCGAAACCCCCGACAAACAAGUAUCGUUUCUAAAAAUCGAGGCUUCAACUAUGAAAAUCAUCCUUGAAUAUUUAUAUACUGGGUCAAUUUCUAAUGGAGCAUUGACGACGGAUAAUACAUUCGAAACAUUAAAUGCUGCCGAUUUUUUCCAAUUAAAGAAUCUCCAGGAUCUUAUCUCCAACUUUUAUAUGCAGAUAUGCGAGAAGGAAGGAAUUGAUAAUAAAUCUCCAGAAUUAUUAUCCAAAGCAGUUCAACUUAUGUCUUCGUCAGCUAAUAAUGGAGUUAUUGAUUUUCUAGUGGAUAAAGUUUCUAAGAUUUCAUUAGAUACCAUUGGAUUUGAUCGAUUAUCCAUCCAAGCAUUACAAUGUUUAUUAUCCAAGUCAAAUGAUGAAACUAAAAUUUUUAAAACUAGCGAAUAUUCAGUGUUGCGGAUGGCAAUUUUACUGGCAGUCAAGAAUGUAUCACAAGAAGCCUUUUUUACCUUGAAAAAAAGGUUGCCUUUAUGGGAUAAGAUCGAAGAUGGAUUUGACUUUAAUAACAACGACAUACCAGAUAUUAAGGAUAUUUGUACUUCUACGGCCAACAUCUUGGCACCCAUUAUCGAAUUCAUUGACCUUCGACGUAUUGAAGGAAAAAUUCUCAUUGAUAUUAUUGAGCCAUUAAAUUUGAUUUCAUCUAAAAAACUGAUGGCUACUUAUCGUUUUUAUGCCUAUGAAAAAAAUUUUCUUCCACCUUUUCGUGGCAUCAGAUGUAACUUCAAAUGGGAUAAGAAUGGUUGCGGUCCACAUUUAUCUAUCAGUUCCAAUGGUUACAUGGUAUCGAGUAACUCAGAUGGAGGAGCGGGUUAUUGGGAAAGUGUUAAAACUACCUAUCUAAUGAGCAGUGGAGUCAAUAAGCUUCAUGUCAGAAUCAAAGACACGGAAAGAUUCAUUAUCGGUAUCGGUAAUGAAAGAGUUGAUUACUCGAAUUAUGUAGGAACUAAAGGUAAUGGCUGGGGAUAUUUUUCUGGUGGUUAUACGCAUGAAGAUGGACUGCGGAAACCAUUAACUCAUAAUAAACCAUUAAUUGGCCAAAAUAAUGAAGUUAUUAUGAAUUUAAAUAUGGAGAAUAGAACAUGCGUAAUUACUGUCAAUGGAACAGAGAAUGUCGUUAGAUGGGCAAAUCUUCCAUCAAAUUUGUAUUUUGUUGGAUCAUUAGACACCAAGGGGAGAAUUAAGAUAAUAAGAUAA